GUUUGUUUAUUGAAAUAAAACCAAAAUCCUUGAAACGUUACAUUAGAGAAUCUUAACAAAACUUGAAUUAAAAUUUCAAGUGCAAACAUUAGAGAAAUGUUAUCAUCCAAGCUCAGACGGAACAGUGGAGAGCAAGAAAUGUAUUAUUAUCAAAGAGUAAAGUAAUAAAUGAGCUACACUCUACCAAGAAGUCUUCAGUGGUCGACGCAUAAUUAAACGAAGCGGCCGCUCGCUCAAACUUAGACUCGUCAACGUACGAAGAAAGUUUGUUUCCGUAACACUAGGGUGAAAGUCGACACAUAACGCAUACCAUCGUAGACUGUCCACAUAUUCAGAAAAUAAUUUAUGGCUCAUGCAUCACCAGUUUUCCGGCGGCAUAACUGUUUUACAUCUAUGUUCUGGUUCUAUAGUUUUAAAAGUGUAUCAAUAAGUGGAAAUGGCUUUAAAAAUGGAACAAAAGAAUGAUCUUGAUUUUAUUCUGAAAAGCUUACUGGCUGGAGGUGUAGCAGGAAUGUGUGCAAAGACCACAGUAGCACCUCUAGAUAGAAUCAAGAUUCUUCUUCAAGCCCAGUCAUCCCACUACAAACAUCAUGGUGUGUUUGGAGGUUUAACUGCUAUAGUGAAACAGGAGUCUUUGUUGGCAUUAUACAAAGGAAAUGGUGCUCAGAUGGUCAGGAUAUUUCCAUAUGCGGCAACUCAAUUCACAAGUUUUGAAAUUUACAAAAAGUAUUUAAGCGGCCUCCACAUACCUCUAGUGCAGCACGGCGAUAAGUUCGUGGCGGGCGCCGGCGCAGGAGUGACGGCCGUCACCCUCACGUACCCUUUAGACACAAUCCGGGCGAGACUAGCCUUCCAGAUCACGGGAGAACACAGAUACACUGGUAUCGUGCACGCCGCUCUCACCAUGUUUCGGAACGAGGGCGGUAUGCGAGCUCUGUACCGCGGCUUCGUGCCGACCAUGGUGGGGAUGGUGCCCUACGCCGGCUUCAGCUUCUACUGCUUCGAGUCCCUCAAGUACGUCUGCAUGAAGUACCUACCGACCCAGCUCUGCAGGAAAUGCGAUCGCAAUACCGGCGGGCUGGUGCUGACGGUGCCGGGUAAGCUGGUGUGCGGCGGGCUGGCGGGCGCGGUGGCGCAGUCCGUGUCGUACCCGCUCGACGUCACGCGCCGCCGCAUGCAGCUCGCCUGCAUGACGCCCGCCACGGAGAAGUUUGGUACGGGCAUGUUCCAAACUUUGAGCCUCAUAUACCGUGAGAACGGUGUGGUGAAAGGCUUGUAUAGAGGCAUGAGCAUCAACUAUAUACGAGCGAUACCGAUGGUCGCGACCUCCUUCUCCACCUAUGAGCUGAUGAAGCAACUCCUACAGCUCGACACUGGUAUGAAAGUUUCAUAACUAAAAAUAAAAAAAUAUUAUGUUUUUAGUUUUCAAUUCUAAGACGCUUUUUCUUUGUAAGACAAAAAAAAUAAAACUCCUUUUUGUUUUUUU